AGCGCUUGGUUUCCUUUCCCGGGUCGCGCUUCCUCCUUCCUGUUCCCUCGCUGCGAGUUUUUUCAUUGGCCCUGGCGGAGCUGGGCAGGGCGGCCCAAGUGAUUCUGUGCUGUGGUGGGGCGAGCGACGAGACGAGCAAAUGAAUGGUGUCAGCUACGGGUUCUUGCGGCGUCUGCUGGGCACUUUGAAGGCCCUUCCCUUGUUAAGGCGUCCGGCCAAAGAGCGGCUGAGUUGGUGGUUGCCCACCUUCACCAUGGAGCGGGCGGUGGUGCGCUGCGUGCCGGCGGAGCCUAAGCUCAGCGUUUCCAUCGUGCUGCAGGACGGUAAGACCCGGCAUGUGCACCGAGACCAAACGGAGCCUCUGGGCCAGGCGCUGGCUCGCAUCGCCAACAACGUCAGCAAAGGCCAUGCCAAGAAGGCCAAGAAGAGCAAAAAAGCGCAGACCGAGCCCGAGGCGCCGGGGACACCUUCGGAGCUCGUCCCCGUUCGCCUUUUCUCCCAGGACGGGGAAGCUGUGGCCGAAGACGUGCCGAACCAGGAGGCAUGGAAAGACGGGUCGGUGCUGCAAAUCGGCGAGACCCGCUACCGCGUGGAGCGCAAUCCGCCCAUGCUGACCGAGCUGCAGCUCCCGCGCUCGCUCAUGGCCGGCUUCCCCGUCUGCCCCAAGCUCCAAGUCGAGUUCGGCUCCGCCCGGGACUGCCUCUUCCGUUGGUAUUACGAGCAGAAGAUCGAGCCGGCUGAAACGGCGUCGGCCGCCGGGAGCAGCAGCUGGGUGGAAUCCCCUGCCGGAUCCGAGCGCGUCUUCAUGGCGACCAACGCGCAGAUCGGACGCCGCCUGAAGCUCGUGUGUAUCCCGGGCAGCGGCGAGAGGCGCUACGGGCUGCCCCGCGAGGUGGAAAGUGUAGGCCCCGUGGAGGCUGGCCCGGGCGCCUGCACUUUCGAGGCGCGGCAUCUCUACACCAAGAAAGUGGCGGCGCCGGGACUGAUCCGCAUGGUUUCCUAUAACAUCCUGGCCGACAUCUACGCCAGGACUGAGCUCUCGCGGACCGUCCUUUAUCCGUACUGUGCUCCCUACUCGCUGGAGCUCGACUACCGGCAAAACCUCCUCAAAAAAGAACUGGCCGGCUACAACGCCGACAUCAUUUGCCUGCAGGAGGUAGACAAGUCGGUCUUCGUGGAUAGCCUGGGGCCUGCGCUUGACGCCUUCGGCCUGGAGGGGCUGUUCCGGAUCAAAGAGAGGCAGCACGAAGGCCUGGCCACUUUCUACCGAAGGGACAAAUUCCGUCUCCUUAGUCAGCACGACAUUGCCUUCAAUCAAGCUCUGUUGGAAGAUCCCUUGCACAGAGAACUGCGGGACAAGGUGGCUACCUGCCCGCAGGUUGAGGAAAGCCUGCUUAAGCGAUCAUCCGCUCUACAGGUUUCUGUCCUUCAGUCUCAAAAUGAUUCUUCAAGAAAGAUUUGUGUAGCCAACACUCACUUGUUUUGGCACCCAAAAGGUGAAAAUAUUCGUCUAAUCCAAGUUGCAAUAGCGUUAUCCCAUAUUAAGCAUGUGAUCAAUGACAUAUAUCCUGCUACACCUCUCAUCCUCUGUGGGGAUUUUAAUGCCACACCAUCAACUGGAACAUAUACUUUUGUCAAUAGCGGUAGUAUUACCGAAGAUCAUGAGAGCUGGGAUUCAGAAGUUAAAGAACAACGGUUUGCUAUGUCUCUAACCCACCAGUUUGGUCUUAAAAGUGCUUGUGGAGAACCAGCCUACACCAAUUAUGUUGGAGGCUUUCAUGGAUGCUUGGACUAUAUUUUCAUUGAUGCAAAUGUUUUGGAGGUUGAACAGGUAAUUCCACUGCCAAGCCAUGAAGAAGUAACCACCCACCAGGCCUUACCAAGUGUUUCACACCCAUCAGAUCAUAUAGCACUAAUAUGUGAUAUAAAGUGGAAAUAAUCUCAUUAUUUUCAGAAAUGUGUGCUACGUGAAAAAUUCAGUUGGAAUGCUUCUUUGAUCACAAUUAUAUCUCAUUUAUAAUUCUUUGUAAGUGGUCAUACUUUUUAUAACAGCGUUCUUAUGUACCAGUGCUAUAUUUUUCUUCUAUUAAUGAAAAGAAUCAAUACAAUUUGAAAUUUGUCCUAUUUCAUUUUCAGAUGACUUUUAAAAAAAGGAGUAAGAGUGGUUUAUUUAAACUGAUAUUUGCCAAUCAGUCGCUACUAACAUGUUGAGGGAAUAGCCACUAUGUUGUCUUUAUAAGACUGUAUUAAAGAUUUAAAAAAAUAUUCUGACACUUCCCACUAUAUUGAGGGAAAAGAUCUUACUCCUAUAAACCCAAAAUAAUUUGGGUUUAAAUAAUAGUAAUAUGGUAUGCCUGGGCAGUGUUUUUUUUUUCCUGACUAUAGACCAAUUUUGCUAGGGAGCUGUGAUUAUGAUCAAUAGUAAUCCACCUUUAGGGGAGCUUAAGGACUAUUGCUUCCUGCUGUUUUGGAAAGCUUAACAAGAAUUUUCAUGGUUUGAGCAAGGUCUAAGCAACAAAGACUCAGUGGAAGACAAUCCCAUUUAUUUCAUUUUAAGCAAAGAGAAGUAAUUAGAGGUGCCAUCAAAGAUGGGGCUGCUAACCUUCUCUGGUGUCUUGUCUCACUGAUGGAGGCUAGAAAAGGUAAUUAAGCUCCAGUUAACCCUCUUCCAGACUGGUUCACAAGACCGAGUUAAGAAGGUACUUAACUGUUAAUCCCGUGUACAAGAGUAAAUUGUCUCCUUUAUUAACAAAAGAUGUUUGAAUGUCCAGAUAUGGUAACCUGGUUAAGCAUGUUCUGCACCUAGAACCAUUAAAUCCUGAAUCUUUGUUAGUUGCCCAAAGUUACAGAUUUGAGAUAGGUGACCAUAUAAAUCAAAUAAACAAACUAGCUAAAAUGAUAAAUUGCUUAACUGUUUGAUCUGUGUCCCCGAUCAUGUGACAGUGCUAGGUCUACUUCUCACAAUUUGUUAACUGACUAAUAAUGGCGGAUGUUGACACCCCAUUUUAUUGCCCUAAUUUGUGUAAAAUAAGAUAUCUUAUAGCUAGCUACUUUAUGGCACAAGGUCAUGCAACCAUAGUUAUGGCUACUUUUAUGUCAAUUUGCAUAGAUUGUUAAACUAGAUAAAUACAGUGAAUACCAGAUUAAUCAUGGUUUAGUAUUCCAUAUUAACACAGUAUAACUCAUUUUUAUCUGUCAGGUGUUUAUGUAGUUUCUGGAUCCUUUAUUUGCCUAACCAGAUUGCUGUAGUAUAUUCAGUCUGUGUAUUAUAUACUAUUAAAACUCUGAUUCCUGUAACCUUUAACUGGGCAAAACAAUGCAACAAAAGGACUAAACAUUUUGAGCAAUGUAGCUCAAAUGGGCUAAUUUACAGAAUGUGUCCAAAAUCUGGGACCCAUGUCUCUUGUGGAACUGAAAUUUGUCAAGUUUUAUAAAAGUUUUAUGAUGACAUAAACAUCAUAAAACACUUUUGACAUAAUACAAAUGUUAAAACCUA